CCCGCCCCUCUGCCGCGUCACGUGACUGUCUCGAAAUGGCGGCUCUCGGUUCGUGCUGAUUCCCGUCCGCCUGGGCCUGGCGCUCUCCUUCUAAGAAACGCCCGAGAAGACGACUUCGCCGCGCAUUGAGAUGCAAGUAUUAUGGCAGACACUGACAAAUCUGAUGCUAAAUUAAUGUCAGUGACGAGCACUGACCAGGUUUCUGCGAAUGCAGAGAAGAGCGCUACCGAGGACGUGACCUCACAAGCGUCUGACGGUACAGAAAAUAAGCUUGAAAGUGACAGUUCUGUCGGUGGUUCAAAAGAUCCUGCAGAGCUGGAGUCUAUGAGAGGAGAUGCUUCCGGAGGAUCAGAAAGUGAACUUCAAGAGACUGCCUCCCAGCCCGAAGAAAACGACGAGGGUGUGGAGGAAGAGGGAGACAACACUGAGGAUGAAAAGAAAGCAAAAGAAUUGCGAAAGACUUGGGGGUUCAGACGAAGCACCCUGGCACAGCGAGAUGGCGAAAGUCUGAGCGAUUCACAAGAGGAGAAGCCCAUGACACGGGGACGCAGCUCUUUUACCUUACAAAUCAUGCCCAGGCGCAGUGGGCGGUCUACGAAGCGGUCGCCGCAUGUGCAGGCCUUCCUCGCCCCAAAAAGUCGGAGUAAAAAAUCGUCUGGUUCACCUGCAAACUCUGGUAGCAGCUCGCCAACGUCGAGCAGGUCAACAGCUGGCUCGCCCGUGAAGGAAAGUAAAGACAAAAUUGACUUGAGUAGUGAUGGUAAAGGCUCUAGCAAGUGUGAUAAGGAUACUGUGAUGUCUGAAAAUAAAGAAGCGGCAAGUUACUUUUCUGAAAUGUCCAUUAACAGAGCGUGUCGAGAUAAAAUUGCCAAAAUAGAGUUAACACCUCUGCCGACUGCUAUUCUGAGGAAAGAGGAAGAUUCUGCUUUGAAGCCCAUGUGUGGAAGUAGUGAAGAUGAUCUUCCUCUCAAAGAACUGCAAGAGAGGUUAAGGAAGAAAAAAUUGGAGCAGCAACAAAUGGAAGCCCGUUUGGGAGCUGUGGUUGAAACAAGCAAAGUCACAUCAGUAAAUUCAACACCAGUCGCUGAUAACAAAGUUAAUGAUGUGCAACAUCAAAAUAAAUCUGAAAAUGAAGGUUUGCAAGAUGUAGCAAUGGUUGCUGCUGAAGACGCCAACACUGAUGACAACAAUCAGUCCCUUGGCUGUACAGGGAACCUGCUAGAUCACGACUAUGCCUUUCAGAAGAGAACUGGGUGCAUCUGUGGGAAAAAUAAUUUUGACAGAGUUCAAGUGUUGUGCAAGCAGUGUGAGGAGUGGAUUCACGGCAGCUGUGUGGGCAUCACGGUGGAGCUGGCACUUGAAUUAGAAAAGGACAACAAGGUUUAUUUAUGUCCGCGCUGCUGUCCUAUGGAGAGUGAUGAUGAAGACCCACAUACGAAAGGUCCUGGUCUAAGUGCAAAACCGGCAUCAAAAGGGGACUCUCUGGACUCCAAAAAGUAUAUGGGAAAACUAGAGCAAGCAACUGAACCUUCGGAUCCCAAAAGGCCAAGGAUUAAGAUACAACAAGAAGAGCCUGCAAAGGAGCCAGAACCUGCUGCAAAAGAUCCUGAACCUGCUGCAAAGCUCCCUGAACCUGUUGCAAAGCUCCCAGAACCUGCUGCAAAGCUCCCUGAACCUGUUACAAAUGAACCUGAACCUGCUGCAAAGCUCUCUGAACCUGUUGCAAAUGAUCCUGAACCUGCUGCAAAGCUCCCUGAACCUGUUGCAAAGGCGCCAGAACCUGUUGCAAAGGGCCCAGAAUCUGCUGCAAAGAAUCCUGAACCUGCUGCAAAGCACCCAGAACCUGUUGAAAAAGACCCAGAACCUGUUGCAAAGGAUCCUGAACCGGCAGAAAAACAAUCAGAACCCGCAACAACGGAAUCGGAACGGUCUGCAAAAGUCUCGGAACCCACGGAAAAAGAGACGCAGCCUGCACCGAAUGAGCCGGAACCCGCAUCAGUCUCACAGAAGUGUGUUGUUGUCGAGUGUUCCAACAAUGCCCUAGCUGGCUCGGUGUACUGUAGCAACGAAUGCAUCCUAAAGCACGCCGCCGCGGCACUGCAGAGCAUGCGCGAGGAUGGUGCCAAACAAAAGGACAAAAAAGGCAAAAAUGCUGUCAAGGGUAAAGGAGGGAAAGUUAAAGAUAAGAAAAACAAGAAGAAAAAGAAAGGUUUGCUCGACAAGUCCCGGGAUCAGAGCCCGGCGAAGCACGAAAAAAUGCUCAAGUCCAAACUUAGGUCCGCAAAAGAUGACAAGAGUUCCACACAGAAGAGCAAAGCUGGAAAGAUUGUAAAAAAAUCAGUGGCGGCAGCAGCAGCAAGUAAGGACUCCAAACAAGCCAAAGAGUCUCUUCCCACAGAUAAGGGAAAAGGAAAUCCUCAGGCUUCAGUCACAAGGACUGCAUCAGCAGAACGAUCCCAGGAACAUUCGGCUGUAGAGGUGGCCAAAGCUGCAGCAAAAGUAGAUGCUCUUAAACAUACUGUAAAGCCGGGUAUGAAGCAAGCAACAUUUAAGCCGAUUCUUAAGGUAGAAGGCAAGUUAAAUGUGAAGUCGGACAAUGCUAAGCAACUCGUGAAGCAUGACAUUGGUAAGUCUGUUGUCAAACAAGAAGCUACUAAGCCAUUGAUCAAGCAAGACAUUUCUAGACCAGGUACCAAGUUAGAAACGUCUAAACCUGGUUUUAAGCCAGUUGUCAAGCAUGAGAUGGGUAAAACGGUUGUCAAACAAGAGGCGAGUAAAACGGUGUUAAAGCACGAAGUUGGAAAAACAAUAUUCAGGCCAGAUAAGUCUGUUGCUGGAACACCAGGAGUCAAAGUGGAGAAACCAACAGCUGCUUCCACAGCUCCUAAAAUAGAAAAGACUGCAGUAGCUUCAACUUCUUCAUCUCAUCAAGUUUCCAAGGAGAAAAUACUGCAUAAGGAGACUGUAGCACCCUCUGGCAGCCACCCAGCGUCGAGCCACCAAAAGAACCACCCAUCUGUGGAACAGAUCCGUCAGAAUGUUCGAAGGACACUAAAGGAUAUUCUUGCCAAACGGUGCAGCGACUCGGACGACCUCACCGUGGCGGAGGAGGAGUUGGUGAAGGUGGCAGGGCGCAUCGAGAAGGAGCUCUUCUUGCUCUUCCAGGCUACGGACAGCCGCUACAAGGGCAAAGUCCGUGGCCUUAUCCUCAACCUGAAAGACCCCAAGAACCAGGGCCUCUUCCGGCGCGUAUUGGUGGGGGACAUGACGGCGCCUCGCCUGGUUCGCUUGAGCCCUGAGGAGCUGGCAUCCCGCGAGCUUGCGUUGUGGAGGGAGAGGGACAGCAGUAAGAUGAUGAAACGAGAGUCGUGGGAAUUGGAGCGGAGGCAUCGGCACAAGGUGGAAGUGGACAUGGAGGAGAGUCCUCCACAUCCUGACUCUGAGGAGGCAGAGGAGAGCGUUCCUGAGGGCUGCAAGACUGAGACUGCAAAGGCCGACAUCAUGUCUAGCAUGCUCACCGACACCACUGACCAGCACAAGGCUCAUCUUUUUGACCUCAAUUGUAAAAUCUGCACAGGCCGCAUGCCGCCACCGAGCGAGGAGGCGACGGCCAAAAAAGUCAAGUUUUCCCUGCCAACAGCCAGUAGCGCUUCUCCCACCAAGCGAACCGACUCGACAAUGGACAGGCCAACCACCCACCCUCUAGCCGAACCUACACCGAUUGCGGACGUUUCUUCCCCCGUCGCGACACCAGCGAGCCAGGUUUCCACACAGGCAAUGCAGGAUUCACCAGAGGAGCCUGCAGCUGUGUCUGGAGGGACACCAGAGUCCGUCUCGGCUUCACCAACGUUGGUGGCAUUCACAGCAGUGCCCCUUCCUGCCUCCGCUGCAGAAGUGAUACAGGAGGAGAGAUCAGCCAGUCCAGAGCCUGUCAAGCCUCCCCCGAUCAUCUCUGUACCUGUCGUCAGCCAGGAGAUUGAACCACAGAAUAAUGCACGACUGGAUAGUCUCUGGAAAGGCUUCGUCAAUAUGCAUGGUGUGGCCAAGGUGGUGGCUAAGGCCUACCCCGUUUCUGGAUCCAUGGCCAAUGUGGCGGAGGAACUUCCCGACACCAUCCAUGUUGGAGGGAGAAUCUUAGCAAAAAUGGUUUGGGAUUACGUGGGCAAGCUUAAAUCUUCGGCAUCUAAGGAGGUGUGCAUCAUCCGCUUCCACCCCGCCACCGAGGAGGAGGCUGUCGCCUACAUCUCGCUCUACUCCUACUUCAACAGCCGCAAGCGCUACGGGGUGGUGGGCAACGCCUCCAAGUCCCUCAAGGACAUGUACCUCAUCCCGCUGGCGGCGCAGGACCCCAUCCCCCAUCAGCUGCUGCCUUUCGACGGUCCCGGCUUGGAACCCUCGCGAUCGCACAUGCUGCUCGGCCUGGUGAUAAAGCAAAAGUCCAAGCGUCGGCAUCAGGGAGAUUCUUCCGAAGGCGGAGCCGAGUACGAAAAAUCUUCUCGAAAUAGCCCCGAGGAGAAGAAGGGAAAGUACUCGUACGACGCCGGCGAGUCAUCGUACUCCCAGCGCAGGGAAAGCAAGAAACAUCGGCACAAGUACGAGGACACGAACGUUGGCAUGACGCCGCCCGACUUCCCACCUCCACCGCCGCCGCCGCCACCGCCCGUCGCUCAAUCAAACCUCCUGACAAAGCUGUUUUCAGACAAAGCUUCAGAGCGGCCAACUACGUCGGCUUCCCAGCAGCCAAUGAUGAAGCCACUGGAGCACAUCCUGAAAACGCUGUUUGGCAAUAAAGAGCUUCCCAAAGAGACUCCGAAAGAGCCAGAAAAGGAAAAAAUAAAUUUGCCAUUUUCUGCUUUUGGCUCAUCCAUUCUUCCAUUUAGCACCAAGGCAGGUGGUUUUGACUCAAUUAUUCAACAUUUCAGUGGAGCUGCGGAUGUGAAUAAAUUAAAUGAUGACCGACCGUACGAUCCAGAAGAUGCAUACGAUCCAGAAGAUGAAACCAUAUUUGAUGAGAAAAAACGUGUUUCGGAGACGACACCUUACGUUACACUCGAAAGCCUGAUUCCAGGACUGGGAAACCCUGAAUCUCUUUUCAACUCGGGAGAGCUGCAGAAACGCCUGCCCGGAGAGCAAGACAUAGCACCAAAAAUCAAGGAGACGGCUGCUCCCCAGUCAUACCUCAUGGCAAGCCGGGACCCACGACAAGCAGCCAACCGGAACCAGUUAGCGAGUUCCAUUCCACUUCCAAUUUUCCAAAUCCAGGAAGCUGUUAAGCCUGAUGUGGGAAAAUCAAGCGAGUCGUCAAACUUUGACGUCAAAUCAGUUGUUGAGGCCAAACCUCAAGAAUUGCAAGUGGAUUUGAAUGUUUCGGCUAAAGAAGUCGAAGUGCCCAUUGCCUUGCCUCUUCCUCCAGCAGUUUCACUUGAAGUCACGGACAAAGUGGACACGCCUGUCGAAGAGGUGUCCACACCCGAAGCAUCGGAGAUGGCUGAAACGGUCUCGGAACCGAAGGCGAUUGAAGAAAGUUCUCCUGCAGUUGAAGAUACAACCGUAGAACAUCAAAAGGAUCCUGAAGCAACUGACGAAGAAAUGAGCAUUGCCGAGGUUCCGCAAGACACAGAGCCAAUUCUAAAUAAAGCUGACAAAGUACAGGAGGAUAAUCCUGCUGUGGAAGAAUCUACAGAAAAUAAAACUGAAGAGAUGUCAUUGGAAGUCUCAGAAGAUAAAGACGAGGUUAAAGAAGACGAUAAAGAUGACUUGUAUGAUAUGGAGGAACUUUUUACUAGUUCGGAAAAUAAGGAUGAAAGUGUCGUUGAAGAUGCUGAUAGUGCGUCUUCUAAUGAACAGGAAAAUGCAACGCCCGAAAGUGGAAAGUCUGAGCAAAAAAUGGAUACGCAAAUCAUACCAUCGUUUAUCUCCUGAUGC